AUGGACCAGUGUUCGGACUCAGAUAAGCCGCAGAGAUGGCUGACCAAGGGCAGCUGUGCCAAAAUUAUCGAGGUCAAGCCGAGCCACGCUGAAAAGAUUAACAAAUUAACUUCUGUUAUCAUCAUAAAAGUCCAAAACCUACCCCUCCUACUGACAGAACGUUACAAGUGCUCAUUCGUCGGGCACGUCCUAAAUAGAUCAACCCCCGCCCACGUCGACCCGAUUUCUAGCGACUACGUGACUGGUGGAGAAGUCGAUGACGUCACAGACGGGAAUGUGACGUUGAGAUGCGACAUGCGACGUUGA